UACAACAAAUUCCCUAGUUGUUCUCACAUAGUUUUAAAUCCUCUCAAACACACACAAACUUUUCUCAGAUCUCAAAAAAAAAAAAAAUUGCAUUUUCAUAAAAAAGAAAAGAGAUCCCAAAAUAUUGAAUCCAUUAUGGCUCGUGAGGAGAAUGUGUACAUGGCGAAGCUUGCUGAGCAAGCUGAAAGAUACGAAGAAAUGGUGCAGUUCAUGGAGAAAGUUUCAACUUCAUUAGGCUCAGAGGAACUUACUGUUGAGGAACGGAAUCUUCUUUCCGUUGCUUACAAAAACGUUAUCGGGGCUCGUAGAGCCUCGUGGCGUAUUAUCUCUUCAAUUGAACAGAAGGAGGAGUCGAGGGGAAAUGAGGAACAUGUUAAAUGUAUAAAGGAGUAUAGAUCUAAGAUUGAAUCUGAACUUUCGGAUAUUUGUGAUGGAAUUCUCAAGCUCCUUGAUUCUAAUCUCAUUCCUUCAGCUUCUAAUGGCGAUUCUAAGGUGUUUUACCUUAAAAUGAAGGGUGAUUAUCAUCGUUAUUUGGCUGAAUUUAAGACCGGAGCUGAACGUAAGGAAGCUGCUGAGAGCACACUCUCCGCCUACAAAGCUGCUCAGGAUAUUGCAAAUACUGAACUUGCCCCAACACAUCCAAUCCGACUUGGACUGGCUCUCAACUUCUCAGUGUUUUAUUAUGAGAUUUUGAACUCUCCUGACCGUGCUUGCAAUCUUGCUAAACAAGCAUUUGAUGAAGCAAUUGCCGAGUUGGACACACUGGGAGAAGAAUCUUACAAGGAUAGCACUUUGAUCAUGCAACUUCUUCGUGACAAUCUCACUCUCUGGACCUCUGAUAUGCAGGAUGAUGGUGCCGAUGAAAUUAAGGAAACCAAAAACGACAAUGAACAACAGUGAGGGAACUGGUCCUCAGAUUAUCAUUUGGCUUCUUUCUUCCUGGCUGUUUUUAUUGGGAGAAGCUGCUUCUUUUUUAUUUCCUUUCUCCUGUCUUUCGGGUUUCCCUUUUUAUCCGUGGCAACGAACAACUUUGAAUAUUGAUGUUCAAUUGUUUCAUCUGUACCUUAAUGUGGUUCUUGCUGGUGCUUAGUUUCUAUG